AUGCCUUCUCGCGAGAUCGAUUCAAAUUCUCCAUUUGCAGUAUUGCAAAACUUACAACCUGAACUGCCAUACCCGAAUGCUUCGUUAUCUUAUUGGCACCGUACAACACGCGGUUAUCCUUACCUCAGAGCAAAUGAAACUGGUCCCCCACCGACUACCAUCCCCUAUGCCAUCAUCGGAUCGGGUCUCUCAGGCGCGUUGACAGCGUUCGAGCUCAUCCAGUCGGGCAUCAAACCCGAUGAAAUCCUGAUCUUGGAAGCGAGAGAAGCUGUCUCUGGCUCGAGCGGCCGCAAUGCAGGCCAUGUUCGUCCUGACGCUUGCAGUGGAUUCGGCGAUUAUGCUGCUAUCCACGGACCAGGAGAGGCUCUCAAUAUCGUCAACAAUGAGAAGAUCGUUCUGGAUUCGGUUCGACAGUUCGUGCAAAAGCACAACAUUGACUGCGAUUUCCAGCCCAAGCAAACUUUCGAUGUUUGCCUUACUCAAGACAUCGCACAGGACGAGCUGAACAACGUCGAACAGUACGCCAACGCCGGAGGCAGCUUGGAACACAUCAAACUGCAUGAAGGUGACGCCGCGAGAACGCGGACCGGUGUGCGCGACGCACUUACGGCAUGGGAAUGGCCUGCGGCCUCGGUCCACCCUGUGAAACUCGCGCAGUGGUUGCUCACCAAUUCCAUCGAGAAAGGCUGCAGACUGUUCACCCACUGCCCUGUCAGCCAAGUCAGUCAGGGAGAAAACGAUAAAUGGGACCUCCACACGGAUCGAGGAGUUGUGGCUGCAGACAAAGUCAUCCAUUGCACAAACGCAUACGCGGGCGCUCUACUUCCUCAGCUAACAGUAAUGCUCCUCACUCCGAUCAAAGUGCAGAUGCAUUCACUGACACCGACCAAAGCUCUUUCAGGCAGUAAUGUGCUGAAGACUUCGAUGGCCCUCAGAUACGAAAAGCACCGUUAUUAUGCUUUGACGCAAAUGGCGACAGAUAGCAUGAUCAUUUUUGGUGUCGCAAAACCUAGCGGGUUCACGUUUGAUGAAACGUCUUUUACUGAUGAGCUAGUGAUGGAAGGUCUGGAAACGUUUGAUUCGUUGUUCCCGAAAGCAAAUCCCCAGAAGAAGAGGCACGGAGAAGGCUUAGACCAUGCCUGGUCGGGUCUGAUUGCCAUGACCCCUGACAAGGUGCCCUAUAUUGGCGAGAUUGAUGGUCUUGAGGGCCAGUUCAUUUGUGCCGGCUUCAAUGGACACGGUAUGGCUCGCAUCUUCAGCUGUGUGCCUGGUCUAGUGAAGCUGGUGAUGGGUGAGUCGUGGCAGGACACGAAGCUUCCUGCAUCCUUCCAAUACAGUCAUGAACGGUUGGAUAAGGCUCUUGCAGGCGUUGGACCUUAG